CCUCCCCUUUGAUCCAGGACUCUUCUUCUCUUCUUCAUACCUCUUCACGCUUUUCGCUUCUCACAGUCCUCACAUCAAGCCGAAACACCCAAUCCGUCCAGGUCAACAACCCAUUCAAGAUGCUUUACAACAAGGUUGUUCUCGCCGCUGCUGCGGCCACGGCUGUCAACGCCCAGCGUCCCUCUGACGAGUCCAUCUGCGACUACUACACCACUGCCCUCCUCAAGGAGAACACCGCCGAGAACCAGGCUACUCUCCUGACUCUUGUCGUCAACACUGUGGUCAUUGGUAACUACACCGAGCCCAACGUCGGCAUCAAGGUUCCCGGUAUCCUGGCCCCUGGCACGGUCGACGGCGAGGACGUCAACCUGAUGCCCUACUUCAGCGGCGAGCUUGCCACCACCAACAGGGGCGGCAACCAGGGUGUCAAGGUCAACUUUCUCGACGGUGGUGCCGCCGAGCCCCUGAAGAAGAACAUGCCCGCCGACGACGACUCGUCUAACCAAUACUUCCUCCUCACCCAUCUCUACCAGUUCUUCGGCUCCCUGCUCGGCUGCUCUAUGCAGGGCAUGUCCGGCUUCGACGCCUACAUGGCCGAUCCAUCCAUGUACGAGGUUCACAAGUUCAUGAACCUCAACCUCGCUGAGAACACCUACUUCAUCCAGCAGGUUGGCAUGGCCGCCGCCUCCUUUGGUGUUGCCGAGGAGGACGUCACUACCGUUGGCAUGGCCCUCAACUCCCUCUUCAACGUCCGCUGCGCUCCUCCCGCCACUGCCGUCAAGGCCCAGGGCCCUCAGUUGCAGUCUAUCUGCAUCGAUGAGAAGACUUGCCCUCUGGCCGACAACGCCGACUGCGCACUUUACAGCGGUCAGGGCGGCAACAGCACCACCACCACCACCACCACCCCAACCAGCAGCGCUAUGCCCACAGCCACUGGUGGUAACGGUGACGGCGGCGCGGCCGAGCCCACUUCUGUUCCUGGGGGCGCUGCUGUCGUCCACGGACUCGGCCUUGGCGCCCUCGUCGCUGCUGUCGCUGCUUUCGCUCUCUAAGGGCUUGGACUAGGUCUAGAUUAUCAUUUUCUCUUCAUACCUUCAUUUGUCAUGACUUUCCAUACAGACUGUUCACCACGCCAAUGGAUAUGAGCUUGACUUGCCUUCAUUUCCUGUCAUAACGCAGUGCCAUAAUACCG